AUGUGCAAACACAUCCUGAACGCACAGGUUUCGAUCCGUGCCCCGUGCUGUCAGAAGUUCUUCGACUGCCCGGAAUGCCACGCAGAAACACAAGACCAUAUGUUGCGCAAAACAAUCGAAAUGGCUUUCAUCUGUAAGAAAUGUCGUAAAGCCUUCCGUAAAGAUCUAACCCAAUACGAAGACUCCGAUGAAUACUGCCCUCAUUGCGACAAUCACUAUGUUGUUGACGCAAAGACGCCCCAAGCAGUCCUCCAAGUGGAAGGCGAAGACGCUCGAGUCGACAACCGCAUGCUUCGCGAUGAACGAAUCAAAUACGAUCCACGCAAAGACUUCUACUUCCGCCGGAUCGCAGCACAAGAAACAGAACGAAUCGACGAAGGAGGCUGGUUACAAGCGAUUAAAGACAGAGCGGAGGGGAAGUUGGGUCCGGAUGGUCUGCCUAUUGAUGUAGCAGGACCAAUGGGGGCGGAUGGGAAGCCAUUGUUGGAUGCAAGUGCCUUAGAUGCUGGCCCAAGAGGUGGGAAGCAGUGGAGUAAGUUCAAUGACGAUGAUCUGGAUUGGUCCUAA